AUGGCUCCAUCAUCCGGCGGAAAGCGGGAAACGGAUGAGGGGGGGUCCGGAAGGGGAGCCGGGGGGAGCGGAAGGGGUUCAGGAGGGGGGAAUCUUCCCCCUGAGGCGGCGGAGAAGCAGCUGCAGGCGCGGUGGGAGCGGAUAGAGGAGGCGCUGGGGGAGCUUCCGGAAGAUGACGAGGCGGAGGAGAAACUGAUGGCGCUAAAGGGGCAAUGGUUCACUGAUGCCUUCGCCUUCCUCUCCUCGCGCCCCCCCUCCGCCCACCUCUGGUGCCGCCACCGCACCCUCACCCAGCCCCUCCUGGAGCCCUUCUACCACUACCACUCCGGCCCGCCCGACACGCGCGCCACGCUGCACGCGCUCUGGGCGCGCAUGGCUGGGGAGAUGCGCGCCUGCACGCGCUGUGUGGCGAGAUACCAUGCAGCCAAGAGAGUGUAUGAGGAAGAGUAUGUGGAGGAGGUGGUGGGGCCUGUGUUGGAGACGCUGAGGAGGCUGGAUGAGGAGAGGGUGGCGGGGGAAUUGAGGGCGCUGGUGGGUCGGGCGGGCGGAGGGACCAGUGGUGGUGUUGGAGCCGGUUCUGGUGGUGUUUUCAGCGGUGCUGGGGGUGUUUCGAGCGGUGUUGGGAGCAGUGGCAGCGGAGGGCAGGUGUUAGACGCGGAGAGGGACGGGCCGGGGGUGAUUUGCCUCAUGUUCGAGUUGCUCAUGUACCCGCGUGUGCUGGAGGACGCAGAGGUGUUUUCCCUCGCUGGCCCAGUGCUGGUGCUCGUGGAAAGACACUUCGACUUAUCCCUUACCCCGGGACAGCGAUACCCGGGUCUGUACCAUCUCAUGCUUCACCCCAACAAGGACACCCGUGCGAUUGUAUAUACUCUAGCCAAGCCCCUCGGCCUCUUCAAAACAGCAGCAGAUUUGAGGCCCAUCGACCCUCUGUUGCAGCAGUGCAUGCACGCACUUGAGUAUGACCUCUUUGAUACAGGCACACCCGCUACUGGCACGGGAGCAGGCUCGGGAGCAGGCUCGGGAGCAGGCACAGGAACAGGCUUGGGAAGAGCCGGUGCUGCUGGUAACGCCACUGCCCCUGCGAGUGCGCAAGGGGGAGCAGGAGUUGGGGGUGGGAGGGAAGGAGGCGAGCGGCCUCGUGUGAUGCACUCAAAGGAGGACAUGUGGCAGGGGCUUCUCACCAUCCUAUCCCUCAUGGCCCCUCCAGCUCUGGAUGAGGGGGUGGUGGAGCGGUAUCCUGCUUUCGUGAGCAUAGUGCUGAACCACGUGGGGGAGGACACUUCCGUCUUCCGACCCGCCCUAGCUUGUCUUCGAAUGAUGCUGCAAGUCACAGGCUACAAGCUCUGGCUGCACUCGGCCUUCCCACCCGGUGUCGUCCGCAACACACUCAUCUCGCAGUGCUUCAACUCCUCCCACGAGCCCACACACAAGCUCCUCCUCGACCUCCUGCCACCCUUCCUGCAGUCAGUGGAAUCAUUGGAGACAGAGGAGUUUGAGAGGCAGUGCCGCAGCAUCCUCUUCUUCCUGCUCAUCCAGCUGCCCAACAGCCGUAACUUCAGCACCACCACCAUCAAGAUCGCUCGCCGAAUUGCAUUCAGCCUCAUCCUGCACUCCUACCUCCUCACCCCGCCUCUCCCACCCACUGACUGUGCUGACAUCUGGGGCCCACCCCUCGUGGGGGCAGUCAAGGACGCAUCUCUCCCGGACCCCCUCCGCCUGCCAGCCAUCCACCUCGCGCAGGCAAUCAUCACUGCCGAUGCUGCCGCCCUCACCUCCCUCGCGCUCGCUCGAGCCUUCGCGAGUUCAGGGGAUGGGGAGGAGGGAGGGCAUGGAGGGCAGGGAGGGGAGGGAGGGGAGGGAGGGGAGGGAGGGGAGGGAGGCGGGGGUGGUGGUUCUGGUAUUGCCGGUGCUGCUGACACCAGCACAGGCCACAUCUCUUCUUCCUCCACCUCCUACCUCACCACCUCCUCCUCCACCUCAUCCUCAAUCUCGGAGGGUCUGCCUCAGGAUCAGCUGGACAGGCUUGCUGAGGUGGCGGCAGCAGAGAGCGACAGGUGGCAGUGUGCUCCCGCGCUCUGGUUGGAGCUACUAGAGCGAACUCCCCCCCAGUGGUUACCAAAACCGUUACUCCGAGCAGCCGUUUGGGCGGCAGGGCAUUUCUGCCUCUCUGCUUCUGCCGCUGCUGCUGCUGGUGCUUCUGUUUCCACUUCUGCUGGUGUUGCUGGGAGUAAGAUCAGCACCCCUGUGGUUACCAGCAGCCCUGCGGUUACCAGCAGUGCGGUGGUUACAGCGGCUCUGCACUGGAGGUUGGCUCCUGGGGCUGGGGGAGGGGGGCGAGGGGCGAAGGCAGGGUGUGUGAAUGCGGUGGCGGCAGCAGAACAUGAGGAGGAAUUAAGCGUCAUUCUGCAGAGGAGCGUGUCCUCUUGCCUCGUCCAGAUCAGAGGCUCCAAUCGGCUCAAGCUGCUGACGUGGCAUGCCAGCCUGGCAGAGCCUCUCAUCUUCCUCCUCAUCGAUUCCCAGCUGCCCAACAGGGACAUGGCUCGAGAGCUCCUCACAUCGCUCUGCAGGGACCACCGCAUCGACCACCAGCUCGCCUUCCUCGCCUCCUCCUCUGUCUCUGCCCGUGGGCUCGUUCGGGCAUUCGCCAAGGCAGCUGCUGUG